CUGCGACCCUCCCCUCCCCUCCCUCUGUGCGCCUCAAGGGGCGGCUCAGCCUCCGCGGGCUUCCAAUGGGGGCUCAGCCCGGCCCCUGGCGCCCGUGACGAGUGGGGCAGAGGCGGCUCCGACCCGGCAGAGAGCCCGCCAGAGGCGAGGGAAGGCGGAGGAUAUGGAGACCCCUUAAGCCUGCCGGGCGCCCUUCUCCGGGCCCACCAGGAUGCUCCCCAGCCCCGCCACCUCCACCCCAUUCUCCGUCAAGGACAUCCUCCGGCGAGAGCAGCAGCAGCAGCAGCAGCAGUGCCUGGGAGCUCCCCUCCAGGCCUCGUUCUUUCCCGCCGUCGCCUUCCUCCAGGGCUGCCGCUUCUCCGACGGGGAGGACGAGGACGAGGACGAGGAGGAGAGGUUGCCCUUCCUGAGCUGCCCCAUGGCGGGCCCUCCAGACAAGGCCCCCAACCACGGGGGCUUCGCGCAAGCCUCGGAGGACGAGGGAGAGGUCAAGGCGACGGAGCCCAGCGUCGGGAAGGAGCCCUCGGAGGCGGAGGAGCGUCGCAAGGCACGCGGGCGCCGGAAGCCGCGCGUGCUCUUCUCCCAGGCGCAGGUCUUUGAGCUGGAGCGGCGCUUCCAGCAGCAGCGUUACCUCUCGGCGCCGGAACGGGAGCUCCUGGCCGGCAGCCUCAAGCUCACCUCCACGCAGGUCAAGAUCUGGUUCCAGAACCGGCGCUACAAGUGCAAGCGGCAGCGGCAGGACAGAGCCCUGGAGAUGGGGGGCGCGCCGCCCCCGCCUUCCUCUUCUUCCUCCUCCUCGCAGCAGCAGCAGCCACAGCAGCCUUCGCCUUUGUCCCCGUUGCCGCCGCUGCCUCCGCGCCGCGUGGCUGUCCCGGUUCUCGUGCGCGACGGCAAGCCCUGCCUGGGCGGCGGCUCCUCACAGAGCUACGGCGCGCCCUACCACGCCGCGGCCUCUUAUCCCUACAGCGGCUUCCCCGGCUACGCCUACGGAGGGGCCCCCGCCGCGUACGGAGCAGGGGGAUAUAGCUGCAGUUAUCCCUCCGGAGGAGGAGGAGGAGGAGCGGGAGGGGGGGCCUCGGUGCAGGCGCCCACGGGGCCCCCCUACGUGAACAUGGCGGGCUUCUCCUCCGGCGGCGCCCAGCCCUUGCACCCGGGCCCCGCGGGGCCUCCCUGCGGCCAAGGCAUCCGAGCCUGGUAGCCCUCCCUCCGGGAGAAGGGAGAGAGAGAAUGAGAGAGAGAGGGACCCGGAGAAGAAGCGCACCCCAAGGCCCCCCACGAGUGCCGGAUUGACCAUUGUGCUUACUGGUGCAAUUCUAAAUUGGAAGGCAUUCUGUUUCCAGUGAUUCUAGACACAAUGAUAGAGCUGACAGUCUAUGGGAUUGUGCCACAAAGCAGGCAGUGCAGGCCUACCGAAGGGGCCCACCUCCUCCGCCCAUAGCUGAACUAGCACAGGGCCUCAUCUGUCCUAAAUCCGGCAAAAGAUGACCCACGGGAGGACGCUUCUUGGGCCUGUGCUGCUUUCUCCCCAUGACUGUCCGUGGAGGGAGAUCUCUCCCAGCCCAGCAAAGGGAAGGAGGCUGACUUGGAAGGAAAAGGGGGAAAGGCCCGGCUGCACGAUCAAGAAAGCUGCCUUUGUGCCCAGCCAUUGCGGAGGAAUGGGCUGCCCAGUCCCCACUCCCGCUGUAUCUUAUUCCGUGUAUCGAUAUAGUCAUUGCUGCAAGGAGUUAAAGGAUCCAAUAAAUCAGGUGCAAUAUACCCACAACCACUGGAUUUUACUGGGGGGCGAAAGAGUGGGUUGGUGGGCAAAGCCAGGAAGUUGAACACCUUCUGCCUCCAUCUCAGUUCAGGAUACAGUAGAGUCUCACUUAUCCAAUGUUCUCGAUUAUCCAACGCAGUCUGCCUUUUAGUAGUCAGUGUUUUUGUAGUCAAUCUUUUCAAUACAUUGUGAUGUUUUGGUGCUAAAUUCGUAAAUACAGUAAUUACUACAUAACAUUGCUGUGUAUUGAACUGCUUUUUUGUCAAAUUUGUUAUAAAAUAUGAUGUUUUGGUGCUUAAUUUGUAAAAUCAUAAUGUAAUUUGAUGUUUAAUAGGCUUUUCCUUAAUCCCUCCUUAUUAUCCAACAUAUUUGCUUAUCCAACAUUCUGCCUGCCGUUUAUCUUGGAUAAGUGAGACUCUACUGUAGUAGCAAAACUUUGCAUUGUCCUGCGGAAUUUCAUAGGGUUGGGUUGCUGUAAGUUUUCUGGGCUAUAUGGCCAUGUUCCAGAAGCAUUCUCUCUUGGCCUUUUCGCCCACAUCCAUGUCAUGCAUCCACAGAGGUUGUGAGGUAUAUUGGAAACUAGGCAAGGGAGAUUUAUGUAUCUGUGGAAGGUCCAAGGUGGGAGAAAGAACUCUUGUCUGUUUGAGGCAAGUGUGAAUGCUGCAACUAAUCACGUUGAUUAGCAUUGAAUAGCCUUUCAGCUUCAAUGCCUGGCUGAUUCCUGCCUGGGGGAAUCCUUAGUUGGGAAGUGUUAGUUGUCCCUGAUUGAGUCACAUCUAGAAUUCCCCUGUUUUCAGAGUGUUGUUCUAAAAUCAGGACAGUAAAUAAAGAACAACACAGAAAUGCUAGACCACUCUAACAACCACCAUGUCAGACUACAUAGAAGAGUCAUUGACACCCACAAGCAUGUGGACAGUUUCAACAGAAAGGAGGAAACCAUGAAAAUGAACAAAAUCUGGCUACCAGUAUUAAAGAAAUUUUAAAAUCAGGAUAAUAAAUAAAGAACAACACUCAGAAAACUUGAAUUCCAAACAUGAAACAAUCAGAGCCAGCUAACACUCCCAGCAAAGGAUUCCCUCAGGCAGGAAUCAGCUAGGUCUUGAAGCUGCAAUGCUUUUCAAUGCUAAUCAAACUGAUUAAUUGCAACAUUCACACUUGCCUCCUACAGACAAGAGUUCUUUCCUCCAUCCUGGACCUUCCACAAAUAUAGACGUGUUCCUUGCCUGGUUUCCAACAUAGAUCACAACCUCUGAGGAUGCCUGCCAUAGAUGUGGGCGAAACAUCAGGAGAGAAUGCUUCUGAAACAUGGCCAUACAGCCUGGAAAACUUACAGCAACCCAGUGAUUCUGGCCAUAAAACCCUUCCACAACACAUUUCAUAGGGUUUCUUAGGUAAUGACAAUAAGAACAACAAUAACAAUACUUUUCUGGGGUGUUUUGGAUUUUAGCCCUGUUCCUGGGGUUAUUUGGAGUAUCUAGUUUCUUAGAUAUGGUUAUCCUGGGUUUUCUAUGAUAUAUGGCAUAUGUUCUGUAUCUCAAAAACUAGAGCUCAUAAGGGGAAACUAUUGCCAUUUUUGGAAUAAACAGGUCAAAUAUACCCCAAAACAAGGUUAACAUUUGAGGCACCAAAAUGUGUGGUGGCGAAUGUUAUUAUUAGUAUUGUCUGUACUAUAGCAAACAGUACUGUAAUUUUUUUAAGUUCUGGAUUGACGCUGCUGGAACGUGAAUAUACCUUCAAGUUGCCUAUGGACUUAUGGUGAUCCUAUGAAUUUCAUAGGCAAGGAAUACUAGAGAUUGUUUUUCCUCUGAAUUAUAGCUGACAGGACACAGUAUUCACUUGUGGUCUCCCACCCAAGUACUAACCAGGCUGACCCUGGAUAGCUAUCAAGAUCAAACAGGAUCUGAUGCCUUUAGGGUAUUUUUAGAACUCUCCAAAACAACUUUCUCAAUUGUAACAUCACCUCUAUAAAUCUUAGACCAGUGGUUCUUAACCUCUGGGUCCCCAGUUGUCUUGGCCUACAACUCUCAGAAAUCCCAGCCAGUUUACCAGCUGUUAGGAUUUCUGGGAGUUGAAAGCCAAAACAAAUGGGGACCCACAGGUUGAGAACCACUGCCUUAGAUGGGCUUGAGCCUCUCCUGCCCCAUCCCUGACUCACCUUGGCUAGAGCCAGGCUGAAGCCUAGCCAUGGUCCUGGGAUAAUAGCCAUUUUGGCGCUUAAUAAAGACAGCAAAGGGGCAUUCAUUUGCUGUGUUGUGACUAGACCUGUUUUGCUGCCAAUGAGGGAGAGGCCCUUGUGGGCUUGUCUGCCUCAGGCGCCAAAAUAAACUGGCCUCCUAGGAUACUGGGCAAAGGGACUGGGAGGGAGAGGGCAGCUUUUGCAAUUCAGCCACAGGAUGCCAAAUGCCUUGGAUCACUCUCUAGCUUCCUCCCAGACUGGAGACAAAAUAAAAGUAGCCUGGAAGGUGAAGGAAUUAAAAAAAUAUAAUAAAUGCAGCCUUCUCUUCAAUUAGUAAUAACAGUCCCUCCCUUCUGCUUCCCACUUGACUGAAAUCUUUGCUUUACUCAAAGGCCUGUAAGGGAAGGAUGUGGUUAGCACCUCAUUCUCUUCAGUCAUCUUGACUAGAUCUCAGAUGAAGAUUGUGGGGUCACAAAUCUGGAUUGUUUGUGACAUUAUGUUGUGUCUAAACAGACUCUACACCAGGCACGGGCAAACUUCGGCCCUCCAGGUGUUUUGGAUUUCAACUCCUACAAGGCUGUUAGGAAUUGAUGGAGUUGAAGUCCAAAACAUCUGGAGGGAUAAAGUUUGCCCAUGCCUGCUCUACACCGAUCAUAUAAUGUACUUCAAACUGCAUUAGUUGGCAGUGUAGAUCCAGCAUGUGUCUCAGCCUCAGAAAACCCUAUGAUAAUAUGGAAAGGACUUGAAGGCACAUCACAACACAGAUAGCAACACUUUAAUUAUACAUACAAUUUAGGCACCCAUAGAAAAAGGUCAAGGAAAGAUAUCAAGAGAAGGCAGCUCAUGUAAGAGUCCUAGAUGUGAAUGAUUUUCCUUCUCUUGAGGUUUUUAUACAGAGGCCGGAUGACCAUCUGUCAGGAGGGGUUUGAUGGUGCAUCUCUGCAUGGUAAGGGAUUGAACUGGAUGGCUCACAAGGUUUUAGCUUGGAUAGAAAAAGCUAAAGACCUUGUAAAAUUACAACUCCCACAAUUCUGAUGAGUGAGCCAUGGCAGGUAAGCACUUUCAGACUGUAUUAAUUCUACAGUGUUGAUGCAUCCUCUGUUCAAAGUUCAAAAGAAGUUUGAAUUUAAUGGACUCAACAAAGGGAGAAGGAGAAGACAGGUAGAACCCAUCCCAUCACUGUUAACUAGGGCGAAAACAACUUUUGCCUUCUUGACCGAAUUCUGAUGUUUCUUGGCCACACUUCUCAGUUUUCAGCUGUGCCAUUUUGAAAGGGAUGUCAGGACCAAAGACAAAGUUACAUCUUUUGGAUUAUGGGGUGUGUUGUUUGGGGAGGUACUAGAGCUUCCUGGGCGAGAAUUCUAGGUGCCUAGUGAAACUAUAAACCCUGGGAUUCCAAAGGAAAGAAUAUAUUAAAUCAGAGAACUGAGAGAAAAAAUCCAUAUUGUCAUUUCAGAUUGCAGAUGAAGUUGUGGUUAUAUUCAUGGGCACCACUAGAAAGAAAAAAAACUUGUUAAAAUACACAUUAUCCUUAUGUAGAUUUAUUUUUAAAAUGUUGGUCUCUUUUUAUACCAAAAUACAAAACAUACAAUUAUGUAUAGCAGCGCAGAAUCAGGUUUCUCCAGGGCUCCUGCAAGAAGCAGGCAAGAUGAAGGGUUGCAGGGCUGUCUUUAGAGCACAUCCUCUCUGUCCUCCUAGCCCUCACUGCUGACUGAAGUGACCAUCUUACUCCGCCUAGUGGUACAGCCAGCCCUGAAGGUAACACAACACCACUAUGACCAGGCUUUAAACGGGAUUUCUGGAAGAACUUCCAGUGUCUUCUUCCAUAAUCACGAUUAACAAUUACCACUAGCCAGAAACCAAGCAGAAAUUCUACUUCAGCAACAGAAGUACCAUUUAGAUGGGAUGUGGUGGGGAGUUGACUGAUGGGGACCACUGAAACUACUUUGGCACAGCUUGGUGAUCCUAGGAAGAUUCCAUGUUGGGAGAUGGAGUAAUAGGCAAGCAUGACAAUACAAGCCAAUGAGGACCACUUAAUUUUACCCUUGAAAGCCCAGUUCCUUUAUAGGAUGACAAAGAGUUUCCUUUUAACAGCUUAUUUAGGUGUUAUCUUCAAAUCCAAAAACUGCAGGAGUAGCUGUAUCCACCAUUAAACAACAUACAAAGUAUACUUACGGAAUUCCAAGCUGCUUCAGCAAUUGGAACAUGAGGCCUCCUAUAUGAUUUGAGCAAGAAUUGAGGCUGGAGCAAAUUAUAACUCUUUUGAGUUACUGUGAGUUUUCCUGGCUCAAUGGCCAUGUUCCAGAAGCAUUCUCUCCUGACGUUUUGCCCACAUCUGGGUGACCCUAGAUUUUGAUACACUAAUCGGGAAGCUUCACCCCUUGCACCUCAGGUUUUUUUUUCUUGGCACAAGAAAAUUUUAUGACGAAGUCUUAAAAUUCAAUCUAAUUUUAUGACAAAGUCUUACCUUAAGUCCCAAGAGUUAAAAAUGGAAUGAGGAAAAGAAGUUUUUAUCAGCAUCUCCACCUGUAGGAUGAUGGUAGUAUUACAGGUUCCAUUUCCCUACUGUUAAGAUGUAGGAAUGGAGCCCCCCCAUGCAGCGGGUUAAACUGCUGAGCUACUGAACUUGUUGACCAAAAGGUCGGCAGUUUGAAUCCAGGGAGCGUGGUGAGCUCCCCGCUGUUAGCCCCAGUCUAACCUAGCAGUUCAAAAACAUGCAAAUGUGAGUAGAUCACUAGGUACUGCUCCAGCGAGAAGGCAACGGCGCUCCAUGCAGACAUGCCCUUGGAGGCAUCUACAGACAAUGCUGGCUCUUUGGCUUAGAAAUGGAAAUGAGCACCAAUCCCCAAAGUCCGACACAACUAUACAAUGUCAGGAGAAAACCUUUACCUUAAGACGUAGGAAGUUAGGGACAACCCAAGAUGUUUUCUGCCUGAGGCAAAUACAAAGGUGCUUCUAGUAUCAUUACAUGUAAAAAUGUGAACUGCACCAUUACCUGAAUGUUUCUCCAGUGCUGGAAAUAUUAGUAGUCUCUGCUCCACAUCUGGAGGCAGAAAACAUAGAUAUGGUCAGUAGGAUUGUAAAAUAUACCACCUCUUGCUGCCACCUCUCAGUAACUGCUGCCUGAUGCACUUCCUCACUUUACCCAAUGGUAGGGCUGGUCCUGAUGAAAGCUCUUCCAUUUCUGGGAAUACAGCAAGAAACAUCAGAGUACAGUUGAAGGGGAUAAAAACAAAGAAGGUAUUGGCAACCCAAUCUCACUUUAGAUUUCUAUGGGGAAAUGUGCUAGAAAUCAGGGUUGCUGUUACUGGUUUUGAACUGAUAUUGGUAUCUCAAAAAUGAGCACAAGCUAGAAUAGAAGCAAUGAAAAAGGAAGGCAGAAAGGACCUAUUGCUUAAGAAAAAAAACCCUGAAGGCCUCUUACCCUCACAAAACAGGCCAAAGUACAAAUUCACCUAGUUGUGAAAGAAUGAGCUAAUAAAUUACCAACUUGCCGUGAAAUGUGGCUGAAUGCUUUAUGUUUGAUACCAGCCCCUUAGCUUGUAAAGUGAACCAAGAUAUUUUACUACAUGAGGCAAGAAACAAGAUGCUCCCCUUUCUUUCCUCCCAUUCCAUGUAGAAAGGACAAUUGCAUUGGUGUUAUCGACCGCGUUUCUGGGGGAUCGGGCCCCUUAAGGAGAGAGCCGAUCUGGUCCUGAGGGAACGGACCCUGGCGAAGCCAAAAGAAGAAUAUAAGCCGCAAUACAACCUGAAGCCGAAAUGAAGAAGGUCCGCCAAGUUGAAGGAAAAUCCGCCAAGGAGUUUUUAUUGAGCGAUUCAGCUGAAUGGACACUAGUAGCGAUCAUUCAAUCUACUAGCGUAACAUAUGUUUCAAAUAAAGCCAUAUUUAUACAAUG